GCAGUUGCCACGUUGGUCAUCUGCCUCGCUAAUUAAAUCCUUGCCGUUACAAGAUAUGUCACACUUUGCUUUUCAAUUUAGAAACUGUUAGUACAGGAAAACAAUGCAGUGGGUAGAUUUUAGCUUACUAAAGAGAUUUUUUGAAACACACACACAGAGUCCUAGAUACACUCAGGAGCACACACACCGAAGCAAUGUGACGGUUACACAUACAGAGACACACAGAGGCUUGCACGAGGAUGCGCGUACACACAACUAGGCAGGCUACGGGAUGCACGCACACGCAUGCACACGCGCGCCCGCGCGCACACACAGAAGCACGCAGUUUGUCUCGCACGGCUGAAAGUCUCACGCUCGCUCCCUCACUCACUCAACCACAAGCGCUGGCUAAAGCAAGCAUUUGUCAUUGAGAGACAGUUAACUGUGCAAAUAAAUUUAAAAUAAGACAAACGUUUUAAGAAAGGAUUGUCGCACAAUGAAGACUAGAUUGGAAAUUAAGAACGGAAAACUGUCAAAACAGAAGACAGAAAAAGCAAAUUCAUCAAAUAUUCAAAGGGGAGUAAAGAACCCUAAACCUACUUCUGCUUAUGCUUAAGCCAAGUGGGGACAAGCUGAGCGUACAUCGAACAAGGAAACCUAACGCGCAGAAUAAGUUCUAAACUAGGUCUGGAUUUGGAAAGGGUUCUGGCUCUUUAUGUUUGCUGGAGGUUUUCACUUUCUGCCUCGUGUCGCUAGCGAACCUGCAGCGCCUUUCCCUGAAAUCGGAAUAAGGAUUGACUUCGCAGACUGUGAAGUAAGCAAGGGGUGGAAGAGCAACACCGGCGACCAUGCCAAUCCCAAAUCUUUUAAAAUAAGCUCUGCCUCUUCGAGAGGCUGACUCACAGCCCACAUAAAAUCCAGGCCAGAGACCCUCUGCAAACCCACCUCUUCUAUGUGCUCAACAUCCUCAUGAUUACAACAGCAAUGGGAGCGGUGCGGGUAAACAGGUACAGCAUUGUCUCAACAGAUGAGGAUGGACUAAAAGUAUCAACCCUUGGAUUGCACAAUGGAGGUGGUGGAGUCCAGGCUGGUAGCCUUCUACACCAGUAUGGCAGCCACAAUGGAAUGGGAAGUAAGGUUUCAACAAUGGGGCGUGGACGACUCAGAAGUCGAUUUGUGAAGAAGAAUGGCCAGUGUAAUGUUGUUUUCACCAAUAUGCAUGACAAGCCCAGACGGUACCUAGCUGACAUCUUCACUACUUGUGUUGACAUACGUUGGCGCUACAUGCUGGCCAUCUUUUCUGCUGCCUUUCUCAUUUCGUGGUUACUCUUUGGCCUGGUGUUUUGGGGAGUUGCUCUAGCACAUGGAGAUCUUGACCUAGUACAAGACCAUAAUGGCAUAGUAGGAGGCCUGGGGAAAGAAUGGAAGCCAUGCAUUCUUCAUGUUCAUAGUUUUGUUGGGGCCUUUCUGUUCUCAAUUGAAACUCAAACAACAAUUGGAUAUGGCUUCCGCUGUGUAACAGAAGAGUGUCCAAUUGCUGUCGCAACUGUAGUUGUCCAGUCCAUUGUAGGCUGCAUCAUUGACUCUUUCAUGAUUGGUACCAUCAUGGCCAAGAUGGCUCGUCCAAAGAAGAGGGCACAGACUUUACUGUUUAGCCACCAUGCAGUGAUUGCCUUGAGAGAUGGCAAACUUUGCUUGAUGUGGCGUGUUGGAAACCUCCGGAAGAGUCACAUUGUGGAAGCCCAUGUCAGAGCACAACUUAUAAAGCCAUACAUGACAGCAGAAGGUGAAUACCUCCCUUUGGAUCAGACUGACCUAAAUGUAGGUUAUGAUGUGGGCCUAGACCGCUUGUUUCUAGUCUCUCCUUUGGUCAUCGUUCAUGAAAUUGAUGAACAGAGCCCACUGUACAGUCUAAGCAAGGAAGAUUUAGAAGCAGAAGACUUUGAAAUAGUUGUAAUCCUGGAAGGGAUGGUGGAAGCAACUGCCAUGACCACACAGGCAAGGAGUUCCUAUCUUGCUCGAGAGAUUUUGUGGGGACACCGUUUUGAGCCAGUGGUUUUUGAAGAGAAGAAUCGCUACCAGGUGGACUAUUCUCGGUUCCACAAGACAUACGAGGUGCCAUCUACCCCACGUUGCAGCGCAAAAGAUUUAAGUGAUGCAGCCUAUAAGGUUACGGGAUCUGUAGUGUCCCAUCAACCUUCUCACCUCACACCUCCUUCUAUUGUCCCACUUCCCCCAAGUGCAUUCUGCUAUGAAAAUGAAGUCGCGCUACACUGCAGGGAAGAUGAAGAGGAUGAAGAUGAGCUCAACCGGGUAGCCAGCGAAGUCAGGGAAUUCCGCGAGCCUGAUGAGGUCAUGCGUGUGCUGGAGGUAGAAAACCGAUUAGAAUUUGAUCGACUGCAAGCCGCUAUUCCUCUUGAUGCAUUGUCAUAUAGGAAGGAAUCGGAAAUAUGACUGGCACCAAACCUCCCUAGGAUAUCAUAGGCCUCCAGAUUGUGUUGGUGAGUUAAAAAAAUACAAUCGCUUAUAGGUUGUCAAAACAAUUGACUCCUAUGUUGAUUUUUUUCCCCCAAGUACAUCUGGAUUGGAAAUGGACAGGGUGUUUUCGAUUGUAAUUAAUCCAACUUCCUUAAGACUGUUUACUCAGAUUUAUCAAAUUCUUGUGAAUUUGUUAAUUUCGCAUUGAAGACUAAGUCUUAGUAAGAGAGAUUAGGUGAAGUAGAAAUCCUCUCCAUUUAAGCAGACUUGUUUCGAGGCAAGAGUUGAGGUUUGAGAGCAAACAACAAUAUUUGUCAAAUCUGCAACUAUUAUUCCAAUUAUAUGUUUUUUCAAACAAAGUCAGCAUUUUUAAAGUUACCAUCCUACGCAGUUCUAUAAAAAUGCCAGACAAUCUUCUCAGACAAUCUUGGCUUAUGGAAAAAAAAUAAAACAAGAUAACAAAAAAAAAAAAAUCUUCUGGACUUCUGCACAGCUGCAGUUUUUUAUUUUUCUUCUUGUUUUCAAUACUUUCACCUAACGGAAUGGGAGAAGUGAUGUGUUUAACUGCAAUGGUGACGGGGAGAGGAACAGAGAAGGGGAGGCAGGUAGAACUGCUCACUGCUCUUAACAGUGGCUUGCUUUGACUGCAUUUGAAAUUACAAAACAGGCAGAUUUUCUCUCUCUUUUUGUUUCUUUUCUGGCUUCCAGAUGAACUGCCAGGAUGCUAUACAUAAGGCUGCCGUUCAGUUACUUAAUAAAAAAAAAGAAAAGAAAAAAUACUGUAAAGUUCGGCGUUAACAGUUUUCCAAAGGACUUCUUUAAUUCUUUGUCUCCAAUCAAUGGUUGGCAGUUUUUAGUACCAAAUUAGCUUUCUUUGGAAUCCAAAUAGCUGUUUUCUCUUAAUCCACUGCAGAUUAUUAAUUCACGAUCCAUCUCCUUCUGUUUAUUUUGUAAACUCUCUUGUCAACAAACAAUGGGAGGCGACUUCCUUUGUUCACUUUUCAUUGCAUGCAUUGUGAAUUUUGUGAAGAGGAUGUUUUUGUUUUAACUUCAUUUAGACCUUAGACUUUGUUUUUUUUUUUUAUAAAUAUUUUUCUGGGCUUAUUUAUACUGUAUAUGUUUGAAUGUAAAAAAAAAAAAAAAGAAAGAAAAAAAAAUCUGUUUCAUAGCAUGACUUGCACAAUGACCUUGUACUUGAAGAAAAACAAGUAAAACUCUAAAUAUAUUUCAGUCCCUGAUCCCAAGGUUAUUCCCUUCAACCAAAUACUGUAAAUGGAAAUUGAUACAAUAAUACAUAUGGUUCAGAGCUGUGUUAUAAAAUUGGAUUAACAUAUUUAAAAAUGUGUCUCUGAAAAUUUAAAGAAAAUAUGCGAUAGGCCUUAAGCUGAAGCUUGACAAGCCUACAAUUGUACUGUUUCAAAACUGAAGGAUGUAAUUCCAGUGAGCAGAUGUUUGUGCAGCCUACAAAGUGAUUAGGCUCCAUUCAGAGACUCCCCCGUGACUAGGAAGGCCACACUCAUCAUGUCAUUUGCUUUGCACAAUUUUUAAGAGGAACACCCAGGGACUGAAAUGUCUUUGAGGGGUUGUGAUUGUUUGGGUAUUGAUUUAGCAUUAGGUGGUUUUUUUUGUUUGUUUAUCUGACUUUCGUUCUCAUUAAAUUACCUUUUUCCCUUUUUUUGAUAAGUAGCAUUGAAAUAUCCCUCUUCACCUCACCAUCACACCAUGCUCCCCGCAAUAAUCAAAUUAUAUAUGAAG